AAUUCCAGCGCCCCACUUCCGUCAGAAAUCUUUUUGUGCGCCCGCGCGCGCGUUGCCUCGUUUUCCGGUCCGUCGCUGCGCCGGACCCUGUACUUUGGUUCCUGCCCGCUGGCGGUCGGCUCUGGAGGGACCCUGUGACCCGUCGCCCGCACGUGCACGCCACGCCCUCCACCAUGCCCGGGGGCGUAUCCUGGUCCGCCUACUUGAAGAUGCUCUCCUCCAGCCUCCUAGCCAUGUGCGCCGGAGCCCAGGUGGUGCACUGGUACUACCGGCCUGACCUGACAAUACCUGAAAUUCCACCAAAGCCUGGAGAACUCAAAACGGAGCUUUUGGGACUGAAAGAGAGACAUCAUGAACCUCAGGUUUCACAGCAGUAGAAACUUCAAAAUACAGCUGUGCCAAGAAUCCUGUGAAUAAUGUUUUAAAUAUAUAUUUUAAAUUUUAUUAA